GGGAGAGGGAGCCCCUCCCCUCUCCAUUCCUGCGUUGUUUGGGGACAGAGGGAAGAUGGCGGCGGCCCCGCUGUACUGUGUCUGCCGGCAGCCCUACGAUGUGAGCCGCUUCAUGAUCGAGUGCGACAUCUGUAAAGACUGGUUCCACGGCAGCUGUGUGCAGGUGGAGGAGCACCAUGCGGUGGACAUCGACGUGUACCACUGUCCCAACUGUGAUGUCGUUAACGGACCCUCCCUGAUGAAGAGACGGACCAACUGGCACCGGCACGACUACACGGAGCCCGACGACGGCAGCAAGCCGGUGCAGGGCACGGCCGUGUUCAUUUCCCAGCUGCAGAACAGAAGCUUCGCCAGCGGGGAGGAGGUCCUGGUGAGGAUGCAGGGGGAGUCGGUGACCCCCCGCUACCUGGAGAAGCACGGCUUCAGUCAGCCCAUCGCCGUCACAGAGAUGGAGGGGGCUGGGGCUCGGCUGCCCCCCCCCAGCUUCUCCGUCAGGGACGUGGAGCAGUACGUGGGGGGCAACAAGGUGAUCGACGUGAUCGACGUGGCGCGGCAGGCGGACAGCAAGAUGAAGCUCAGCGAGUUCAUCAAGUAUUACACCGGCGACCAGCGGCCCAAAGUCCUGAACCUCAUCAGCCUGGAGUUCUCCGACACCCGGAUGUCUGAGCUGGUGGUGGUCCCGGACGUGGCCCAGAAGAUGUCCUGGGUGGAGAACUACUGGCCGGACGACUCGUUCUUCCCCAAGCCCUUCGUGCAGAAGUACUGCCUGAUGGGGGUGAAGGGCUGCUACACGGACUUCCACAUCGACUUCGGGGGCACCUCCGUGUGGUACCACGUGCUCUGGGGGGAGAAGAUCUUCUACCUGAUCCCGCCCACUGUGGCCAACCUCGCACUGUACGAGGCGUGGAGCUCCUCGACCAAUCAGAGUGAGGUGUUCUUUGGGGACAAAGUGGACAAGUGCUACAAGUGUGUGGUUCCCCAGGGGACCACCCUCCUCAUCCCCACAGGAUGGAUCCAUGCUGUUCUUACCUCUCAAGACUGUAUGGCCUUCGGAGGAAACUUCCUCCACAACCUCAAUAUCGGCAUGCAGCUCAGGUGUUAUGAGAUGGAGAGGCGUCUCAAAACCCCCGACCUCUUCAAGUUCCCCUACUUUGAGGCCAUCUGCUGGUACGUCGCCAAGAACCUACUGGAGACGCUGAAAGAGCUUCGAGAGGACAGCCGCCCCCCCCAAACCUACCUGGUGGAGGGGGUGAAAGCCCUGAUCGGGGCCCUGAAGACCUGGCUCAAGAGAGAGGUGACGGAGCCCACCAGCGAGGUGCCGGACCACAUCAGGCCGAACCACCUCAUCAAAGAGCUGACCAAAGAAGUCCGCUACCUGGAGGAGGAGCCCGGGGGCGUGGCCGUGAAGCCGGCGAAGCCCCCGGUGGGCGUGGUCGCGGCGACCGCGCCGGCGGUGGCGGCGGCGGGCGGCGCGGCCGGCCCUGGCGGGGGUCCGGGGGCGGGCGGGGGGUCCCCGGCGGGACGCUCGCCCCUGGAGAGGCUGUGCCAGGCGAGGCGCGCCCGGCGGGCCGCCCGCAAGCUGAGGGAGCAGCAGAGGCUCGCCCCCAAGGCCUCGUCCAACCUGGACGUCCUGGAGAGGCACACCCGCGAGGUGCUGAGGAGGCUGGAGGUGGGGCCCCUGGAGGAGGACCCGGCCUUCUGCUCCACGGUCCACGGGAAGCUGAACAAGGUGUCCACGGCCUCGGCCGCUGCGCUCGAGUUCCUGGAGGACAACCACCUGAGGCUCACUCUGGUGAACGGACGCAUCAUCCGGGACGUGCGGCGGCUGAGCGCGGGCGGCAGUCCCAUCAAGGCGGAGCAGGGGAGUCCCUCGGAGGCUUGGCAGGGGCCCCAGAGCGCCGGAGGCCCGGCCAAGGACCAGAGACCCCAGGGGGGCCGCCCGGAGCCUCACAGCCCAGGAGAGAAGAGGUUUUGUGAUCCGUCCGCGGGGGCGGAGCCAAGGGGCCCGGUGGCGCUCGGGGGCGGGGCCUCGGAACAUUCCAGCGGCCGAUCGGACGGCGACUCGGACAGCGACUCCCCACCCCAGCAGAAAGCAUUAUCCUCGUCUUCGUCAUCUCCUUCCUCGUCGUCGUCGUCGUCGUCCUCCUCCUCCUCUUCGUCUUCCUCCUCUUCGUCCUCCUCUGAGGAGGAGGACUCGGGAUCCCUGGAGGGGGGGGGCCAGCAGGGCUCAGGGCACACCAUCGAGCUGGACCCCCAUGGCGUCCAGACACUCAGGAACAAACACAGACCACUCAAACGAGAACGUCCUACCUCACCCAGCACAGCAGAGGCCAUCCAGGGCAUGCUGUCCAUGGCUGGCCUCCUGUGCCCCUCGGACCCCCAGAAGGAGGGCCCCGGGCCCCCGGAGCCCUGGUGGUCCGGGCCCGAGGGCCCCCCCAUGCCGACGCCGGCGGGGGGGCCGCCGCACCUCCACCCUCGUCUCCACGGCGACGCAAAGAGCCCCAUGGACAGCCAGGGGAACAGCAGCAGCGAGGCCUGGGACCACCGAGGUCCGGAGACGGACACCUACCAGUACUGUGACCCCUCCAUGUCUCCCCCGCUGCACCCCUCCAAGAGGCCCGCCCCCAACCCCCCGCCCAUCAGCAACCAGGCCACCAAAGGCAAGCGGCCGAAGAAGGGCAUGGCGACGGCCAAGCAGCGCCUCAGCAAGAUCCUGAAGAUCAGCCGGCACAGCCGCGUCUUUGUGUAGCGCCGGGGUGCCCGGGCCCCGGGGCCCGGCCCAGCGUGUGUGAGGGUGUGGACGGUGUGAACGAGCGGGAGAGUGUGGCUCCCAAGCAGACGGGCCCGGGGUCUCGGUUUGUGCGUUUUGGUACCCCGGAGUCGUACGUCGUGCAGUGGAAGCGAAAUCUUAAAGAAACGCAAAGAAAGGCAAAAAAAUAAAUAAAUCAAACAGCCUGGCAAAGAUGUGCACCUCCCCUGUGCACGCUCACGUGCACGUCUAGGAGACAGGGUAUUGGACUCACGCGUUCCGCAUCGCACGGCUUCACUCUGAGCACAAAAUUAGAAAAAACGCAAAAAAUAAAAAUCCACAAAGCUGGGAGGAGAAUGGAGGACCGGCUGUUGCCACGGGAGACGGCCGAUAGCGGGGGGUGGGGGGGGUUUCCCCUUUUCGGGGGGUUGGGGUCCCUCUGUGUCCCCACCCCUGCUGACCCAGGGUGCUGAGGACGGAGAUGAAGCGAAAUCUUAAGAUGGUGCUCAUUGUUUAGUACUUUUUGUUUUGCUCCCCCUCUUACCUCUCCUCCUGCUCCUCCUCCAAUCAAGAUCCCUUUAUCUCAAUCACACCAGCAAUAAAGACUUUGAUGGGGAGAACAGAGAGGCAGAUCUUUCAAGCCCCUUCAGAUAUUAUCCAUGGUCCAUAUGAGUGAUUUACACUAGAGUGUCCGCAAAUGGAUCAAUCAGGUGACCCCAAGUACAGAGCUCUGUGGAACCUCCCCCCUGGUGUGGAUCCUCCCCCCUGGUGGACUAUGGGUAAUGUAGUUCACGGGCUGAAAGCACUGCCUCGAGUGAAAUUAGAGUAGGAACAUUUAAAGAGUCUCUUGAAAUGUUGGCAUUUGGCUGAACAACUUGCAUGCUGUUCGGGUUAAUUUAUUACUUUUUGGUUUUAUCUGUAAUGUGGGGUUUUCUUAAUGUUAUUUUUUUAUUGAUUCUGAAUGAUGUAUUUAUUAAUUUGAAGAGAUUUUAUUCUAUUCUGAGCCGUCAGCCACGGGGUAUUCUGCGGGUUUUAAAGGGUUCUGUUUAUGUUUUGGUAUCUAGGCCUACGCAUAAUUAUUGUAAAUGUGGUUUUGUUUUUACCUUCAGUCACAGCCACGUAGCGUCUUUCCUACCGAGUCAUCACCUUGACAUCCAUCCUUGGUUCCUUGACUUGACCCCUGGCUAGUUUCUCCCUAGUGGGUCCUUGUGGCUCCUCGUGAUGUGGGUUCCUGUCCCCUUUGCAGCUAGACUUGUUGGCUUUGUGAGUCUACAAAAUGUUUACGUUGUGCACUAGCUCAGAGUUCAGCUUCCUUUUUAUUUAAUGUUUUCUAGGGAUGCACGGAUACUUUAGUUUACACAUUUUACAUAUCAUCCCGAAUCCAGUACAUCGAUUUUAAGUGACCAAUUAGCGGGCCAGGUGGAGGUCAUAACUAUGUUAAGGCAUUUUAUUGAUAAUUCAUGGGAAAAAAAGCUAAUUUUCUUUAAUUGUUGAGAUGUUUGAUUAUGGCUCUGAAUAUCCAAUAUUUUUAUAAAAAGUAUUCUCCGCUCAUCCCUGUUACCGGUUCCAGUGUCGGUGGCCUCAAUUCUUAAUAUUUAUAUUAUGCCGAACAGGUACCACUCUUUCUUUCCACAAAAAGUGAGCUCUGAGCAACCUUGGUCAGUCCAAAGCUGUCAGCGAAAGAAACCCGAGUGGGAUGUACGAUUAGUAUUUAAUUUCUCAGUGAUUCCGGUGGUGCAUGUGGUGGACGUGUGUGUGUGUGUAUUUUGUUGCUGGAGAUGCGCAGUUCGACACUCUCAGGGAAUGGUGCCAAGAACACAACCAGCAGCCACGUCAUGAUGCAGACCAGUCCCUCUCCCCUGUAAACACCCUGCAAAGUCCCGCUUUUUUUUUUGGUUACUUUUUUAAUGAAAUAUUUAGUGAAAGUUGACUCGCUGUGCUUUGCAUUUACGGUUUCGAACUUUAGAAUCACGUCACCCGAUUUGAAGUACUGGUCGUUUUUUAAAAACCCUUUUGGCGUAAAGACAAGAUGAGAUACGAACGUUGAAGACCACAUCUUCAUUAGUAGCUUUAAGACCACAAGUUCCCCCUCAGACCUGAACCGCUCUCCUCAGGUGGGCUCCACGCAUUUGACCUGGUGAACCGCCUGGUCAGUUUGGCUCCACGCACGUGACCUGUGACCCGCCUGGUGCUUUGCUCGAGAUGAGGAAGGUUAAAUCAUGCAUAGUGAAGAAUGAAAUCCAAUCGUAUCUUCUUAGUCCUUGUCUCGACUUUACACUACACGUAAAUGCAUGUCAACUUAUUUAAAUGGCAAGAGCUAGCCCGCAGGCAGGGUUUUUUUUAAGGUAAUUAAUGUUCAGGACUUGGUCGCUGUUGGCUUUUAAACAUAGAUCUAGUGUCCUUUGUGAUCUGUGCUAAUUCUUGCAAUUGUUUUCAUGAUUUUUUUUUAAAGUAUAAAAAACACUGGCUAACUGACACUGAUACGUAAAGCGUUGAAUUUGUUUCUGCAUUUCAAACAAAAUGCCUGUAAAUAAAUUUUGGAAAUAAUUUUGCCAUGUUCUGUGAAGGUGCCUUCAGUUAACCGUGAAUUCCGCUUCUUAGAGUCCUAUAAGUAGCCAGGACAACAUGGUGAGAAUACAUGAGGAAUCUUUAUUAUGUACAACAAAGCUUUCGUCUGUCUGGAUGACAUCUAGCUGGACAGACGAACCCCGGGAUCUGGAGAAAGAACAAAGGAUCAAACAUGAAACUUUUAUAGAAAACACUAUGGUGGGAGUAUUUACUACUGAAAUGGGCGGGUUUCUAUAACCUUUCAACUCUGGUAAUUAAAAUGUUAUUAAGUCAUUCUAGCCUUUAACAGCCAAACUACUACGAGUGCAGCUGGAGCAGCAAUGUCCGUUUUGUUAUGCUAAUCUUUAUUACGGCUAGUACAGGCCUACCAAGAACCAACAAAAUGUUAACAACGUAACAAGUAGCAUAGCCAGACAAUGGACCAGGCCAACGUCCCUAGAAUACAAGCGCACCGCUGUCCCACCCUUUGUCACUACACGACCCACCAGCCAACAAGGGGAAUAGCUGAAGGCAUCGCCUUGCAUCCGUAACCACGGUGCCCUCUUUGACCCUCUCCCUCAACCUCCACGUCAAUCCAACCCAAUGUCAUCCACUUCAGAAAUAUCCCUCCAACACCGAACCCCUCGUAGAUGUUUUAUUAGAAACUACUUUAUGGUUGGAUUACUUCUACACAGAUUGUGGGGGGAACUUGACACAUUAUUUGAUGCAUGAGGUAAGGUUACAAUAAGCUCUUUAAUGGUUAAGGCAAUGAAUCAUUUGAGAACCAACAUGCGAGUGCAACCACAAGGGACCGCUGGUUUUCUGUGUUUCCCAACCUGUCGGAGUGCCAUCUCUCAGAACUAUUCCUCGUCGUCUGCUGGGAUGCCAAGCUCCUCGUCAGUCCACUGGGACGCGUCCGGCCACGCAAAGUGACCCUGGAGGACAAGAUCAGAGGUCAGUGAUGUCACAGAUUGAGAGGCAGGUAGGCGUUGGGCUAACUUAAUAACACCUAUUGGACAGGACAAUGGGGUUUAAACCCAGAACCCUUCAGCUGUGACUGGCUGCUGUCCUGAACGCACGCCUACCUAUGAUAGGAGAAUACAGCCACUGGAUUUUAAUACAUUCACAUCAAUGCAUUUACAAUACUGUGUACUACUGCUUAAUUUACACCCGGUACUGUAUGGCUUAUCUGCUAUAGCACUACUAGUUCUACAGAACAGGGUAAAGAUGAUGACUAUCAGCCCGAUGUAAAACCCCAGGUACUAGUAGUUCUACAGAACCAGGAAGAGGUGUCCUGCUCACCAGAACGUCGUCUGAGCUGUGCCAGAAGUGCCAGAGCAUCCAGAACCACAUCGUACUGCUCAGAAUCUCAGCCUGGAGCUUCUGGUUCUUAGUGACCUGGGGGUACUGCCGGUACUGCGGCACUAUGUGGGGGCCCCCGCCGGCCCUAGAAUAAAACAAACACCGUUAAUAUCGUAACACAAGAUCCACAAGACCAGUAAAGUGAAUCAAACAGUUAAUGUCAUCUGGGUUCCCCUCGAGUGUACAGUGGCCAAUCCUAAUAUAUCUUUUGGUUCGGAGCUCCACUCAGUGUGCGGUCUGAGGCCCUGGCUCCGGUCCUCACCUCCGGGAGAAGGUCUUCUGAGGGCCACUUCUCAGAGCGCUAGCCCCCGCCCGGAGGAGCCGCAAAGCGCUGCCAAGAGAAGACAUGUUCUAACCUAAACGAAACCCUCCGUUUAGAAUGGUUUGGUAAAA